AGGAGGCGGCGGGAUGGGAGCAGACGCUGGCGUCGCGCGAGCCCCGACCAGCGCGGCGCGGUAGAGAGGGCGGCGGCGGCGCGCGCGGAGCCCUGACGUGCCCCUUUCUUUCUUUCUCUCUCCGGAAAGCCGGGAAGCAUGAGCGUGCAGACCCGCCGCUGCGGCGGCCGCCCCGGCUCCUCGCCUCCGCCUCUGCUGGCCGCCCCUCGCCGGUGAGAGGAGAGAACGCGAGAAGGGAAGAUGGGGGCCGUGCUGAGGAGCCUCCUGGCCUGCAGCUUCUGUGUGCUCCUGAGAGCGGCCCCUUUGUUACUUUAUGCAAACAGAAGGGACUUACGAUUGGUUGAUGCUACAAAUGGCAAAGAGAAUGCUACAAUUGUAGUUGGAGGCUUGGAAGAUGCAGCAGCGGUGGACUUUGUGUUUGAUCAUGGCUUGAUAUACUGGAGUGAUGUCAGCGAAGAAGCCAUUAAACGAACAGAGUUUAACAAAACUGAGAGUGUACAGAAUGUUGUUGUUUCUGGAUUAUUAUCUCCUGAUGGGCUGGCAUGCGAUUGGCUUGGAGAAAAAUUAUACUGGACAGAUUCUGAAACUAAUCGGAUUGAAGUUUCUAAUCUAGAUGGAUCUUUACGAAAAGUUUUAUUUUGGCAAGAGUUGGAUCAACCUAGAGCUAUUGCCUUAGAUCCUUCAAGCGGAUUCAUAUACUGGACAGACUGGGGAGAAGUACCAAAGAUAGAGCGUGCUGGAAUGGAUGGUUCAAGUCGCUUCGUUAUAAUAAACACUGAAAUUUACUGGCCAAAUGGAUUGACUUUGGAUUAUGAAGAACGAAAGCUUUAUUGGGCAGAUGCAAAACUUAAUUUUAUUCACAAAUCAAAUCUGGAUGGAACAGAUCGGCAGGCAGUGGUUAAAGGUUCCCUUCCUCAUCCUUUUGCCUUGACGUUAUUUGAGGACACAUUGUACUGGACUGACUGGAAUACACACUCCAUUUUGGCUUGCAACAAGUACACUGGCGAGGGUCUGCGAGAAAUCCAUUCUAACAUCUUCUCUCCCAUGGAUAUACAUGCCUUCAGCCAACAGAGGCAGCCAAAUGCUACAAAUCCAUGUGGAACUGAUAAUGGUGGUUGUUCCCAUUUGUGUUUGAUGUCUCCAGUCAAGCCUUUUUAUCAGUGUGCUUGCCCAACUGGGGUCAAACUCCUGGAGAAUGGAAAAACUUGCAAAGAUGGUGCCACUGAAUUAUUGCUUUUAGCCCGAAGGACAGACUUGAGACGCAUUUCUUUGGAUACACCAGACUUCACAGACAUUGUUCUACAGUUAGAAGAUAUCCGUCAUGCCAUUGCUAUAGAUUAUGAUCCUGUGGAAGGCUAUAUCUACUGGACUGAUGAUGAAGUGAGGGCCAUACGCCGCUCAUUCAUAGAUGGAUCUGGUAGUCAGUUUGUGGUCACUGCUCAGAUUGCACAUCCUGAUGGUAUUGCUGUUGACUGGGUUGCCCGAAAUCUUUAUUGGACAGACACUGGCACUGAUCGGAUAGAAGUAACAAGGCUCAAUGGGACCAUGAGGAAGAUACUGAUUUCGGAGGACUUAGAGGAACCCCGGGCUAUUGUGUUAGAUCCCAUGGUUGGGUACAUGUAUUGGACUGACUGGGGAGAAAUCCCAAAAAUUGAACGAGCAGCUCUGGAUGGUUCUGACCGAGUAGUGUUGGUUAACACUUCUCUUGGUUGGCCAAAUGGUUUAGCCUUGGAUUAUGAUGAAGGCAAAAUAUACUGGGGAGAUGCCAAAACAGACAAAAUUGAGGUUAUGAAUACUGAUGGCACUGGGAGACGAGUACUAGUGGAAGACAAAAUUCCUCACAUUUUUGGGUUUACUUUGUUGGGUGACUAUGUUUACUGGACUGACUGGCAGAGGCGGAGCAUCGAAAGAGUACACAAACGAAGUGCAGAGAGGGAAAUCAUCAUAGAUCAGCUCCCUGACCUCAUGGGCCUAAAGGCCACAAAUGUUCAUCGAAUCAUUGGUUCCAAUCCCUGUGCUGAUGAAAAUGGGGGAUGUAGCCAUCUUUGCCUCUAUAGACCUCAGGGCCUUCGCUGUGCCUGUCCCAUUGGCUUUGAACUCAUCAGUGACAUGAAGACCUGCAUUGUUCCAGAGGCUUUCCUUUUGUUUUCUCGGAGAGCAGAUAUCAGGCGAAUUUCUUUGGAAACUAACAAUAAUAAUGUGGCCAUUCCACUCACUGGUGUCAAAGAAGCUUCUGCUUUGGAUUUUGAUGUGACAGACAACCGAAUUUACUGGACUGAUAUAUCACUCAAGACCAUCAGCAGAGCCUUUAUGAAUGGCAGUGCAUUGGAACAUGUGGUGGAAUUUGGCUUAGAUUAUCCGGAAGGCAUGGCAGUAGACUGGCUUGGGAAGAACUUGUACUGGGCAGACACAGGAACAAAUCGAAUUGAAGCAUCAAAGUUGGAUGGGCAGCACCGACAAGUUUUGGUGUGGAAAGACCUGGACAGUCCCAGAGCUCUAGCGUUGGACCCUGCUGAAGGGUUUAUGUAUUGGACUGAAUGGGGUGGAAAACCUAAGAUAGACAGAGCUGCCAUGGAUGGAAGUGAACGUACUACAUUAGUUCCAAACGUGGGGCGUGCAAAUGGCCUAACUAUCGAUUAUGCUAAAAGGAGGCUCUACUGGACAGACCUGGACACCAACUUAAUAGAAUCUUCAAAUAUGCUGGGACUCAACCGUGAAGUUAUAGCAGAUGACUUGCCUCAUCCUUUUGGCUUAACUCAGUACCAAGAUUACAUCUACUGGACGGAUUGGAGCCGACGCAGCAUUGAGCGUGCCAACAAAACUAGUGGCCAAAACCGCACCAUCAUUCAGGGCCAUUUGGAUUAUGUGAUGGACAUCCUCGUCUUUCACUCCUCUCGGCAGGCAGGCUGGAAUGAGUGUGCUUCCAGCAAUGGGCACUGCUCCCACCUCUGCUUGGCUGUGCCAGUGGGAGGUUUUGUUUGUGGAUGUCCUGCCCACUACUCUCUUAAUGCCGACAACAGGACUUGUAGUGCUCCAACUACUUUCCUGCUCUUCAGUCAGAAGAGCGCCAUCAACCGCAUGGUAAUUGAUGAACAGCAGAGUCCCGACAUCAUCCUUCCUAUCCACAGCCUUCGGAACGUCCGGGCCAUUGACUAUGACCCACUGGACAAACAACUGUAUUGGAUUGAUUCACGACAAAACAUGAUCCGAAAAGCACAAGAAGAUGGAAGCCAGGGCUUUACUGUGGUUGUGAGCUCAGUUCCGAAUCAGAACCUAGAAAUACAGCCUUAUGACCUUAGCAUUGAUAUUUAUAGCCGGUACAUCUACUGGACUUGUGAGGCCACCAACGUCAUUACUGUAACAAGACUAGAUGGGAGAUCAAUUGGAGUGGUGUUAAAAGGCGAGCAAGACAGACCUCGAGCCAUUGUGGUAAACCCAGAGAAAGGGUAUAUGUAUUUUACCAAUCUUCAGGAAAGGUCUCCAAAAAUUGAAAGAGCUGCUUUGGAUGGAACAGAACGGGAGGUUCUAUUUUUUAGUGGCUUAAGUAAACCAAUUGCUUUAGCCCUUGAUAGCAGAUUGGGCAAGCUCUUUUGGGCUGAUUCAGAUCUCCGGCGAAUUGAAAGCAGUGAUCUCUCAGGUGCCAACCGGAUAGUAUUAGAAGACUCCAAUAUCUUGCAGCCCGUGGGACUGACUGUGUUUGAAAAUUGGCUCUAUUGGAUUGAUAAGCAGCAGCAAAUGAUUGAAAAAAUUGACAUGACAGGUCGAGAGGGUAGAACCAAAGUCCAGGCUCGAAUAGCCCAGCUUAGUGACAUUCAUGCCGUAAAGGAGCUGAACCUUCAGGAAUAUCGACAGCACCCUUGUGCUCAGGAUAAUGGUGGCUGUUCACAUAUUUGUCUUGUAAAAGGAGAUGGUACUACAAGGUGCUCUUGCCCCAUGCACUUGGUUCUGCUUCAAGAUGAGCUAUCAUGUGGAGAGCCCCCAACAUGUUCUCCUCAGCAGUUUACUUGUUUCACGGGAGAAAUUGAUUGUAUCCCUGUGGCUUGGCGGUGUGAUGGGUUUACUGAAUGUGAAGACCACAGUGAUGAACUCAAUUGUCCUGUAUGCUCAGAGUCCCAGUUCCAGUGUGCCAGUGGACAGUGUAUUGAUGGUGCCCUCAGAUGCAAUGGAGAUGCAAACUGCCAGGAUAAAUCAGACGAGAAGAACUGUGAAGUGCUUUGUUUAAUUGAUCAGUUCCGCUGUGCCAAUGGUCAGUGCAUUGGAAAACAUAAGAAAUGUGAUCAUAAUGUGGAUUGCAGUGACAAAUCAGAUGAACUGGAUUGUUAUCCAACCGAGGAGCCAGCACCACAGGCCACCAAUACAGUUGGUUCAGUUAUUGGAGUAAUUGUCACUAUUUUUGUGUCUGGAACCAUAUACUUUAUUUGCCAGAGGAUGUUGUGUCCACGUAUGAAGGGAGAUGGAGAAACCAUGACUAAUGACUACGUAGUUCAUGGACCAGCUUCUGUGCCCCUUGGUUAUGUGCCACACCCAAGUUCUUUGUCAGGAUCUCUUCCAGGAAUGUCUCGAGGUAAAUCAAUGAUCAGCUCCCUCAGUAUCAUGGGGGGAAGCAGUGGACCCCCUUAUGACCGAGCUCAUGUCACAGGAGCCUCAUCAAGUAGCUCUUCAAGCACCAAAGGCACUUACUUCCCUGCAAUUUUGAACCCUCCGCCAUCCCCAGCCACAGAGCGAUCACAUUACACUAUGGAAUUUGGUUAUUCUUCAAACAGUCCUUCCACUCAUAGGUCCUACAGCUACAGGCCAUACAGUUACCGGCACUUUGCACCCCCAACCACACCCUGCAGCACAGAUGUUUGUGACAGUGACUAUGCUCCCAGCCGGAGAAUGACCUCAGUGGCAACAGCCAAGGGCUACACUAGUGACUUGAACUAUGACUCAGAGCCUGUGCCCCCACCUCCCACACCCCGAAGCCAAUACUUAUCAGCAGAAGAGAACUAUGAAAGCUGCCCACCUUCACCAUACACAGAGAGGAGCUACUCUCAUCACCUCUACCCUCCGCCACCCUCUCCCUGUACAGACUCCUCCUGAGGAGGGGCCCUCCUCCUCUGACUGCCUCCAAUGCAAACAUGUACAUACAGAUUUGGUUGAGAUCUGGAGGGGGGGAGGGAGAUACUAGAGAAGGAUGAGGCAGACCAUGUACAGUUAAAAAUUAUAAAUGGGGUAGGGAAUACUGGAGAUAUUUGUACAGAAGAAAAGAAUAUUUAUAUAUUUUCGUAAAACAGCAAAUUUGCUGCUUGUGCCAUAAAAAUUUGUAUAAAAAUAAAUUUGUACUAAAAGUUUUA